AUGGGAGGGAAACUGCCUCCGGGCGCGAAGGUCGCACCGGAGCCGCAGCCUCUGAAUACGAAGAAGGAGGAGAAGAAGGAAGACAAGAAACAGAAAGAGAAUAAGAAAAAAUGGGAGAGAUGCGAGGACAGAUGCCCUGGGGACCCGUGGGCGUAUUGUAUAGUGUUGUGGUGUGCAUGUGCAAUGAGCCUGAUCUCGAGCGGUUAUAGUUUAUACAAGCAGCAAGGGUUACAAGAUCGGUUAUCUUUGCUAGAGGAACAGCACUUGGCGUUGAGAAGUGCGGUACUGGAGCCACAGCAACCGCUUCUAGAUAGGCUUCGGAGGGAAGUACUGUCGAGACCACCUCCCAGCUACUGGAGACCGAGGAGGAGCAUCCGGGAUUAUGGAGACUGCGUCUGUCCAGCAGCAACGAAAACUUCCCGCGAUGAAUUUACAAACGGGGUCAACGAAACCCUGUCCGCUGGCGAUUACACAAAGGCUGUUACCGAUACAACUUUCGAUUCACUAAAACUGCCGGUUGGGAUGGGAGCACCUGCACGUAGGGAGCUUUCCUUACAGGAAAUAAUAGAAAAUGUGCCUCGAUAUGGUUAUGAAACAGAUAUUGUCUUUUAUAGCCUGUAUAGCCUGUAA